CUUUGACUGAAAGGCCUGCAAAAGGAGAAAGCGUUAGAUAAAAGCCUCCAAUGGAGAUGACAAUAUGACAACUCUCAAUGGCAUGUACAGGAUCCAAGUUGAAGGAUGAAGAGCAAGCUGGUGGAGAUGUUAAUGCUGCCGUAAUCAAUUCUAAUCACUCCCGUAGUUUGCCCUCAACAAGAUCUAUCACAAACAGUUCUGGCACUGUUUUUACUGCUCCAAACCCUGUUUCUCCCGAAAUCUCAGUCCAGCAAACUAAUUCUUCGAGGCCUAAUGAUACUUUCAUUAAUAUGCCUGUGACCCAUCCUCCUGCAUCAUCACCGCCCGAGCACAACAAACUGGGCUUCAUUGUUUUUCCUGUUGAAUUUCUAAAUGCUAUAAUCAGUCUUGCUGUUUCAUCAAAGGCAAAAGAUAACCAGGUUCUGACUUAUGCUGCGGUGGGUUGUUCUACACUGGCGUUCUCCAUUUCUUCAACUGCUGUUGUGCUGCACAAGAAAAGGCCUCCGAUGGCGAAGAAGAUGCAAGAAGCUGCGUUUCUGAUCGGCAUGUUUGGAUUCUUGGGAAUGAUGGGCGUGCUUUUGCCUUCAAGCAUCUGUUGGUGGUUCACUGUCUCAGCCUUCCUUGUUUGUGUGCUGAUGUUUGCCGUUGCAAAUUUGAUUGGGCGAGAGGAACCUGGUUGAACUCGAACGAAUCACUUCGCAUGUGAUGAGUGACUA